CUUCUCAUCCCUUCCCCUCACUCUCUCCCACGUCCAUCUCUUGCUCUCUUCCUUUCACCUGGUUCCACCACCUCAAAAACCACCACCCCCUUUCAGAAACAAAGAGUGAAAGCUAGAAAGAAAAGCAUAUCAAGGAGAGGAAGAGGAAGAAGAAGAAGGAGGCAAAGGGGGUGCUGCCAAUUUCCGUCCAGCAGCGAGACAGCCUGUGAGAAGGACGAUUCCGGACAAUCAAACCGUUGGAUCGUCCUGAUAUUUGUAGGUUGGGUUUCAUACGUCUUUGGCUACGAUGUGACCGUUGGGAUCAUCGAUAUGAUCUCUGGUUCAUCGAGGAAAGUCGCUGGACAGAAGGGGUGCGAUACUGUUUUUCUGUAGCAGGACAGCAGAUUAGAGGUAAGGAUCAAGCCGGGGGCUCAUCCAAAGGCAAGGGCAUAGCCGAGUGAAGACAAAACGGUAAGGAUCAAGCCGGGGGCUCAUCCAAAGGCAAGGGCAUAGCCGAGUGAAGACAAAACGAUCAGAAGUAAGGUUUGUACUGUAGAUAUCGGGACUCAAGCGUGAAGGGAAGCCAUGAGGUGGGCGGAGGACUCCGAACUCCUUAAAUGUUUUAUGUUGUGUGGAUUUUGUAAUAAAGCGGACUUCCCCGGUUUCUGUUUUGACUCUGAAGGAAAUGUAUAUUAUGGUUUGAAGUUAAAAAAAAA